AUGGUUAAUUCAAAUACAUUUUUUCUAUUAGUUCUUAUUGCAUUUAUUUCCACCAUAAGAUCUGCUGUAAGUAUAUCAUGUUUUCAAUGCAACAGUACCGACAUCAACCAUCAAUUUCUUUGUACAGAAAAUAUGGAAGAUUCAGACAGCCUACGUCCCCAACCAUGUACAAGUAUUAACGAUGCCGCUUAUUGUGUGACACUAAUUGGACUACACAGCGGAGGACUCGGAGUUACUCGUUACUGUUCAUCUCAUAAUUUAGGAAAUUACUGCAAUUAUUAUAAACGGCCAGGUGAUGUAGUAGAAUAUCGAACAUGUAUUUAUACUUGUGAUUCUGAUGGCUGUAAUGGUCCAAAGGAACUAACGUUAUUUAGAUAUUUAAAAAAUCUAUCUAUUUUUCAGUGGUUUAGAAAUCUGUCAUUUUAG